UCCGCCGCCGUUUCCCCUCCUCUCUCUCUGCAAAAGAGAAUUCCCGAGUGAUCGCGAGAUAGGGCUAGGGUUCCGGCGACCCGCCGCCUCCAGCGAUGCCGAAGAACAAGGGGAAGGGAGGCAAGAACCGGAAGCGGGGGAAGAACGAGGCCGAUGACGAGAAGCGGGAGCUGAUAUUCAAGGAGGACGGCCAGGAGUACGCCCAGGUCCUCCGGAUGCUCGGCAACGGCCGCUGCGAGGCCAUGUGCAUCGACGGAACCAAGCGCCUCUGCCACAUCCGAGGCAAGAUGCACAAGAAGGUAUGGAUCGCCGCCGGCGACAUCGUCCUCGUUGGCCUCCGCGACUACCAGGACGAUAAAGCCGACGUCAUCCUCAAGUACAUGCCGGACGAGGCCCGGCUCUUGAAGGCCUAUGGCGAGCUCCCCGAGAGCACCCGCCUCAACGAGGGUAUCGGUGGAGGUCUCGAUGAGGAGGACGAGGGCGCCGGAGACGACUACAUCGAGUUUGAGGAUGAGGACAUUGAUAAGAUCUGAAAGAGCUCGGGGGAUCAUCUGCCUUCGAUCUUCUUUUUCUCCUUCCGUCCUUAUAUUUCUAUUCUGUGAGAUGUUGUCUUUCUUUCAAUAGGUAAAAGCUUGAGGUAGUCUCGUAUAAUGGACAUUUGAUCUUAUUAUUAUGAAGUAGAAGAUCAUGGUGGUGGUGGAUUUGCGUAUGCUUGCUUAUGUUGUAACUCUUGGAUUCAGCGUUUCUGGUGACGAUGAUCGCUAGAAUUAUUAGUGCAUACACUUUAUUUUACUGCUA